AUGGCCGAUGCCAACGCCUCGCCUGCCGGUGGUGACGCCGCCGCGCCCCCGCCCGCCGAGCACCUGAACAUCAAAGUCACCGACAACAACAACGAGGUCUUCUUCAAGAUCAAGCGGUCAACCCAGUUGAAGAAGUUGAUGGAUGCGUUCUGCGAUCGCCAGGGUAAACAGCCUUCAACGGUCCGUUUUCUGUUCGACGGUACCCGUGUGCGUCCUGAAGACACGCCAGACACUCUCGAGAUGGCCGAUGGAGACACCCUUGAGGUCCACCAGGAGCAGAUCGGUGGUUAA